CUCAGCCGGUGUUUUCAUAUUGUACGCCCCUCUGCUGUUGUACGGCUGUUUCCAUGCUUCAUAGACGACAAACGUAGCGUACAGGGGGGACAUGACUCUGACCAGAGGAUCUUUCACCUAUGCCAGUGGGGAAGAGUAUCAUGGCGAGUGGAAAGAAGGUCGGAGGCAUGGAGUUGGCCAGCUGAAGUUUCAAGAUGGAACCUGCUUCUCUGGCCAGUUUGAGAAUGGACUCUUUCAUGGCUCUGGUGUACUGCUCUUUACAGAUGGAUCCAGGUAUGAAGGAGAAUUUGCACAUGGAAAGUUUCAAGGCACGGGAGUCUUUAGUCGAUGCGAUGGCAUGCAGUUUGAAGGAGAAUUUAAAGAUGGACGUGUUGAGGGAUAUGGGCUAUUGACCUUCCCAGACGGAGCUCAUGGUGUCCCACGAAACGAGGGCUUGUUUCAGAACCACAAGCUGCAGAAGAGGGAGAAGUGUCCAGGAGUGGUGCAGCGUGCACAGGCCUCAGCCUCCAAUGCUCGCAUUCUGACACUUUGACCUUCAUGGACCCUGGAGGACACACGGUCAGGGUUCCAGCACCUUCUAGGAGGAUCUCAAGGAUGCAGUACACUCCAGCUCUUCUCUCCUCUCUUUUUUCACCAUUUAUGGUUUUUUUCUGCAUCCUCCUUGCUUAGCCUUCACAGUGGCUUGGAAUGCACAUGCAAUUUGACCAAAUAAUGGCUUUCUUUCUGACUGACUUGAAAUUUACAACACCAUUAAGCACACCUUUAACUCCACAAUUCAUGCACCCACCAAAUGCUGCUGUUUUCCCCUUGUACUUAUUCUUGCACCCAUAAACAGUGUCUUAGCGUUUUCUCUAGAAUAGUUAGCUACGAUAUAAAACAACUUGUUCUACAAUUGUAGAUCUGAUACUUUAAAAAAUGUAGAUCUGAUACUUUAAAAAAUUAAUCUUUAUAAAAGUACAUUAACCAUUACAAGAGAGUUAUAAUGUCCUAUGUAGAGACUUGGCCUCUGGUACAGCAAGCAAGCACAAAUGGAUCUAAACAAUGCACAGUUUAAAAAAAUAAAAUAAAUUGGCUUUACACAUUUUGUUAAAAUGAAAGAUACACAUUGUACAUUUUUGUGAAUGUACUCCACAGGGCACCUCGUCUCCAUUAACAGUGCUGCUUCAAACUCUAGCUUUGCAUGUAUGUAUCAUCACUGGUGUGUCUCCUUUUAGAAUAUCAGUAUUCACGUUUGCCUUAAAGACAUUCUGGUACGAGAUUGUAGUUCCUGGAUGAACAUCUGAAAAUACGAUGACUCACAGUUCCCUUCCCUUCUCCUCGGCAUCAUUCGCCCUAAGGUGUCUGUCAUCUUAAUGAAUUUGAGGCCUGUUUAAAGAUUGCCUUCACUCUGAGGGACAUAUUGUUAAGCUGGUACUGAGUCUUCGCCACCAUUACUCACAAGUCUAGCAGCUCUCCUCUCUACAAUAAACCUCCUCUCCCAGUGGAAAUCAUGGGACUCUGCUGGUUAAUUCUCUCAUGUUUUCCCCUGUAUUAACUAAAGACUUGGAUGACUGGACAUCCUCAAAGUUGUUAAAUAAUCCUAAUUAAAUGCAUUGAAUUGGGGACAUUUAUUUUAAUUAAGGCAGCUGAAUGAAAUAAUUUCUAAACCAGAUGUAUAUAUUAGAAUAUGUAAUUAUGUAUGUGUUUUUCUGUGUGGCGUAUACAUAUUCAUUGUCAUCAGUUGUGUUUUUUCUGACCUUAAGGAACUAGGUGUUUCAUUUGUCACGUAGGAAAAAGUGUUACUGAGUUAGCUGAGACCGUGUGGUUGAGUAUUUUGAAAAAAUGUAUAAACCAUUAUAGCCAAUCACAGCUAUUGUGUGAUUACAGAUUCAUUCAGUGUUUGGUUACAGCAAAAGCUUCUACAUUUGCCUACAUAGACAUUUAACCAAAGACAAUCAAAUGGUAUUACAUGUAACAAAGCCUGGAACAGCCAACAGGAGUUACAUGUGUGUUGUCUCACUGCUUAACGAUAGAAACAAAUCAAUAAGGACAAACCCACCUGGGGCUUUAGUGCGCAUUAAAAACAAAAGGACCGAAGAUUAAACAGGGAAUUGUUAUGAGAUUCUGUUUCUAGCCUGGAUUAUUGCUGAUUUCGAUUGUUGUUUUAUUCUGUGAGGGAAAAAAAAAUCAAUACUCUGUCAUGAACCCACACUGCUAGUUGCUUUCAAUCCCUUCUUUGGUAUGACAGUGUGCUGCAAGGUGCAAUCAGAAGUAUUGAAGAUAACAUUAGACAUAGAAACAGACCAUUGCAUGCCUCAGUACCGUCCUCUACGAUCACACAAUGCUGCUUUAAUGCCUGUAUGUGCAAAGUGUGUCAUAUCCUGUAUUUCAGAUCAUGUUAUGGUAUUUUUCCUUUCUUCUAUUUCGGCGAUGGCGCUAACUCAAGCCUUCUCUACCUACACAUGUCUGCCUGAGUGGAAUUGAAAUAACAAAAAUCCACAUUUUCCAACUGGAAACAAAUGGUGCUUGAAAAGCGUGCCUUUUCCAGACUUUCAUCUUUCUAUGAAAUAUCAUUGCUGUGGUUACUUUUUUCAGUAACAAUAUAAUGUUGCUCUUAGUGCUCUUAGAUCAAACUACUGCACAGUAUCCCCUCAUUCUCCUUGAAUAGGUCUGAAUAUGUAUUGGAAAGGCGAUAAUGUGUUUAAUAAAGCCUUGUGUUGAGAAAAGAA